AUGGGCACGGCGCCCCCAGGGAUGCUUCGGAGAGUUAUCACACCCAGUGGGGGGUCCAUACCGAUUGUGCCAACCCCUGAGGACUUUGGAGCUAAUUGCAAGCUGAAACACCACCAAAGAGGCAUCCUGAUUGAAGACUUACUCACCAGCAUGGUCGUUUGCAAAGCCAUGUUGGAUUUCAGGAUUCAGAAACAUUUCCAUUGCUCUACGAAAGAGUCCCCCUCUAGGACGGCAGGUCCUUCCCUCGCUGCCACAGAUAUUCAGAUCGAUGCUCUUCAGAAUGAAGACAUUGGGAAUGAACGGGCACCUGCCAUUUUAGCUCCUGAGAGCAGCCUCAGGCCAGGGAUUGGCAAAGAAGCCCUUCAGGCCACCCCGGUCUCCUUGCCUGGCCUGACCCAGCCCGUGAAGGUGGUGGACAGCAAGCAACUGGUGCAGAAAGCCCGGCUGGUGGAGCAGGUGGAGCGCUACAACGACAUGGCCGUGGCCAUGAAGAACGUGACAGAACUGAAUGAGCCACUGUCCAAUGAAGAAAGAAACCUUCUCUCUGUGGCCUGCAAGAAUGUAGUUGGGGCACGCCGUUCUUCCUGGAGGGUCAUUAGUAGCACUGAGAAGACAUCUGCAGAUGGUAAUGAGAAGAUAGAGAUGGUCCGUGCUUACCGUGAAAAAAUAGAGAAGGAGUUGGAGGCUGUAUGUCAGGAUGUGCUGAGCCUGCUGGAUAACUACCUGAUCAAGAAUUGCAGUGAGACCCAGUAUGAGAGCAAAGUGUUUUACCUGAAGAUGAAAGGGGACUAUUACCGCUACCUGGCCAAAGUCACCACUGGAGAGAAGAAGGCGAUCGUUGGGGAGUCAUCUGAGAAGACCUACAGCGAAGCCCAUGAGAUUAGCAAGGAGCACAUGCAGCCCACUCACGCCAUUAGAUUAGGCCUGGCCCUUAACUACUCCGUUUUCUACUAUGAGAUCCAGAACGCCCCAGAGCAAGCCUGCCACUUGGCCAAGACCGCUUUUGAUGACGCCAUUGCCGAGCUCGACACUCUCAACAAGGACUCCUACAGGGACUCCACGCUCAUCAUGCAGCUCCUCCACGAGAACCUCAUGCUCUGGACAAGCAAUCAGCAAGAUGACGACGGUGGAGUAGGCAGCAAUUAA